UUCCCAGCUGUGGAGCAGAGCGCGUCUGCAGAACGUUUCCUCGGUCUCUCAGCGCGUCGGCGGCGCAGGCUAACCCAGUGGCAGCCUUGAUAGGGUUAAUUGGACGCAGUUGCCAGGAGUGGAUAAUUACAGAAAGGGAUCGAUAUCACUGGCUCCUGCUGUAGACCAUCCCUGACGCAGAAGGACUGAAGCACAAUUCACUUCUUGCCCGUCGCAGAGGAAAGAAAAGCAGGCGAUGGGCACCUAUAUAAGAAUACUUAAGUUGGGCUAUAGAGGUUGAUGAAAACGAUCUGGGGAAGAACGGAGGGUUGGAUACUGAAACUGACAUGGAAUCAAGGCGGUGCAGAAGAUACGGGGAUCCCAGAGACUCAUUCAGAAAUUGUGAACAAUAACUGGAGGAAGAGAAAUGAAACGUGUGGUUUUGGAGCAGCAUGUCUGUGGAACGACGAGGAAGGAACAACUCUAAACGUGUGAGACCCGUUCUAAGGCAUCUCUCAGCAUUGUUGGAGAUCGCCGCAGAUUCUGUGUGCAGCUCUAGUAUUACUACCAAUUGUAUGCAGCACUUAACGGCGAUGAUAGUCGGGCUACAGUAAAUGCAAAGGGAAUGCAAUUACCUGCUGUAUAUGCACACAUGAGCCGGUGAGAAAAAAAAAAAAACGAACUAUAAAAAAGACAAAAAAACUUUAAACCAGGAUUUCUUUUCAAAGAGGAGUGCAAAUGAAUGGCGACACAUUUCCCGCUGAUCUGAGCGGAUCUGCUUGCUGCGCGGAUCACUUGCCAUUGUCUGGUUGAUAUUGUUGGGGGGGUACCUUGGGAUUUUGGCACUUAAAGGAUUACCCCAUCGGGUUCUGGUGAAAAUGCAAGCCGGCUUGAGAGCACUGUUUGCGGGCACCGGAGCUUCUCUCUGCUGCCUGUUCCUCCUCUGGGUCAUCUACUCGCAUUUACUAAAAGAAGGUCAGUUAGCAGUGGGGACAUGUGAAAUCGUCACUCUGAACAGAGACAGCAGUCAACCAAGGAGGAUGAUAGCCAGGCAAACAGCGCGGUGUGCCUGCAGGAGAGGGCAGAUCGCUGGGACUACUCGGGCGAGGCCAGCCUGCGUCGAUGCUCGGAUAGUAAAGAACAAGCAGUGGUGUGAGAUGGCGCCCUGUUCAGAAGGUGAAAUCUGUGGUUUACUAUUGAACCGGUCGGGGUGGACGUGCACCAAAGGAGGGGGCCGGAUAAAGACAGUAACAGUUUCCUGACAGCCGUAGAAAAGAAGCCAUCAUUACCAGGCAGCAUCUCGUCUCCAGUACCUCAAUUCCAAUCCACUACAGUGGAGAGCACCAUCUGUUGAUUGUCACUUGGUUACACUCAUGUCACAUCGAGCUAAAGCUGUUUCUGCUGCGGCAUUUAGACUAUCAUUCCUAGGCAAACACUUCCCAAAGCCUCAACUGCCUGCAGACUCCCAACGAUAUCGGCCAAGGCUUCUGUUUUUUUUUUUUUUUGGCUGCCACUUUACACAGAGAAAAAAAUAAAUAAAUACCCCUUUGGUGGAUUGGAAAGACUUGAUUUACAUCAGGUCUUUGAGGCAAGCAUCUGUGUCAGUUUCAGAGGAUGUGAUUUAUACACUUUAGUUAAGUUUUGUGUUCCAAAAAAGAAAAAAAAGAAAAGAGGCAUUUCUCAUUAAAGCUACGGACAUAUAUUCACAGUUUUAUUUCAAAAUAAAGACUCAUAACCAAAGUGAAAGAACUGCCAUUCAGAACAGUGGCAUCCUUUAGUAACCUUGUCAUAUUUCUAAUUGAAUAUAUGUGAUAUUAACAGCACAGGGAUAUAAGCACUGCCUCCCCUCUGGAGAGAAGUGAAAGCAGACUGGCUCAGCUAAUAUUCCAUGCAAUAUGGGGACACAGAUGCUGGGAAUUAGAACAGCUUUAAUUACCCUCAAGAAUUGAACCGCACAGGAACAGAGAACAAUUCUAACAAAACUGCUCCAUACAGACCUGGAGGCCCUUUAUCCUCGCUGUUUUCAUUCUCAAUGCCCCCCCCCCCCCCCCCCACGUUAUAUCAUCAGGGUAUUCAAGACAGACAGCUGAGCUGCUGAGGAUUUUCCACACACACACACACACAUGUGCACGUACACACUAGUUUCAUGAUGUCAGUACUACUGUAUGUAAUAGGAUACCCCGCAAAACUUGGGCAGGGGUUAAAAAAAAUGACCGCCAGAAAAACUCAAAUGAAUAAAUAGAUACGAAUGAAAACGACUUUCCCAUUUGGGAACUGCUACACUGCUGGGAUGAGAGGAGGGUUCCCUGCAGAUAUUACAGUUGUUGACAGACACCUUGUGACGAAGACUCAUCUAAACCUGUCAAAGAGCCCUGUUUAAGAGACGUCGUCACAUUUCAAAAUCGCACACAGUUGUCAGGAGACUCUGUGAUGGAAUGCAACGAGACAACAUCCAUAAAGGAGAAAGACUGCAAUUUCAGUGUAUAAUUUGGGUCUUAUGUGGCCUCUGCUUUGCACAGAGGUGUCACGGGUUUAUUUUAAGCUAGGGUGUAGUGUUCAGCUCGGGUGCACUGUAUGUCUUAAGAUUUUUUGUUCGGGGGUGUUUUAAGUCUGUUGUUUUAUUCUGUAAAGAAGAAAGAAAAGAAAAAAGAAAAAACACUGUGGCAGUUUUUAUUACAAAAUAUCCCUGGUUUCAGGUGACUACAAGGGUGCAGUGAAAUUGUGUAUAUUCAGGGAACCAAGAACUAUCAUUACAUAUUAACAAGCUGGAGCACAUCAGUUCAAAUGAUUUGCACACCACAGCUAGACAGUACACGACAGAAAUAAAAGUAUGUUUUAAUUUAUAUAUACUUUAUAACCGACGAGACAGAGGUACCAUAGUGAUUAUUAUAAGCAUUGUUGUGGCAUUGGAGUGUCACAGCUUUCAUGCCACAGAUUCAAUGCUGGUCUGUGAUACACACAGCUUUCACUCCACAGAUUCAAUGCUGGUCUGUGAUACACACAGCUUUCACUCCACAGAUUGAAUGCUGGUCUGUGAUACACACAGCUUUCAUGCCACAGAUUCAAUGCUGGUCUGUGAUACACACAGCUUUCAUGCCACAGAUUCAAUGCUAGUCUGUGAUACACACAGCUUUCACUCCACAGAUUCAAUGCUGGUCUGUGAUACACACAGCUUUCACUCCACAGAUUCAAUGCUGGUCUGUGAUACACACAGCUUUCACUCCACAGAUUCAAUGCUGGUCUGUGAUACACACAGCUUUCACUCCACAGAUUCAAUGCUGAUAUGUGGUACACAGAGCUGUUGUGAAAUUUCCAACAUUUUUUUUUCCAAUUAGCGUUAGAAAAACAACAAAAAAGACAACAUUGCAAGAUCCUGCACUUUAGUUUAUGAUCCGUCAGUAAAUAUCUAUGAAGUUGUCAUUAGAAGUGUUGACAUAUACUGUAUAACAGCAGUUUGUUCCACUGUCAUUUUAGUGACACGCUACUUGUAGAACGUUUCUUGUCUUGUUAUGAAUUGCAAGGUUUUUGUAUACCUUAGUUAUAAACACCACAUUACUAUCGCUUGUCGUUUCUCAUUGUUAUUUUAAGUCUGAUGGCAGUAAUACAAUGAUGUGCAUAUGUUUUCAAAAGCACUUUGUAUGAGCAGCAAGGGCACCUACCGGUAAGUGUGCAGCUGAUCCAAUGAAGUCCAGCCUAAAAAUAACCCAUUCAAACCUGCUCAGCUGGCUAAUAAUGUCAACAGGAAAGUCAUUAUGAUGGAAACAUGUGCAGAAAGGGAGCCAUUUAAAGUCGAAAGUAAUGCACUGCAAUUACCUGAGAAGUGUGUCACAGACAAGUACUAAAAGUGUGAGAGGGAGAGCGGACAAGAAAAGGAUCAUUUUAGAGAGAAGUUUCCCAACAGGCACAUUAACCUGUCAAGAGAUUCAAAUCCAUUUGUCAAGGGAGUGCAUAUUAGUCUGUGAGCUUAUUACAGUCAGUCUUUGCCUGACGUCAGCAAUCAACAAGGUCUGCUCUCCAUUUUGAUUAAUUAAAACCAUGACAUUAGUCUAGUUAAAUAAAAACAUGUUUUAUAUAUAUUAAAAAUAAUUAUGUGAGUUUCAUCUUGAAGAAUCCUAUUUUAAUCAGUAAAAGCAUCAAAGUGAAAGGAAGUUAAGAUUACAACACAUAGUUCAUCAACAUUAUUCCAGUGGUGUAUUGAUCAUGUACUACACAUUCCUAAUAUUUAUAUGGACAAUAAAACCCUUUAUGUCAACUA